AUGGAGGCGGCGUCUGCCCGCUACGCCACGCGUGACCGGUGGGCCGAGAUGGGCCGCCCGGCACCGUCCCAGCUUCAGCGCUUCAUCACGGCCGCCUGCAGUCCCGACAACUACGAGCCCAACUUGGCCCUGAACCUCGAGAUCGCCGACCUGAUCAACUCCAAAAAGGGUUCCGCCCCUCGAGAGGCCUCGGUGGCCAUCGUCAAUUACAUCAACAACCGCAAUCCCAACGUCUCUCUGCUUGCCCUCAACCUGCUCGACAUCUGCGUCAAGAACUGCGGCUACCCUUUCCACCUACAGAUCAGCACAAAGGAGUUCCUCAAUGAGCUGGUACGCCGCUUUCCCGAGCGGCCCCCGAUCCGGCCCACCCGCGUUCAGCUCAAAAUCCUCGAGGCCAUUGAAGAAUGGCGCUGUACGAUUUGCGAGACGAGCAGGUACAAGGAGGACUUGGGCUUCAUCAGGGACAUGCACCGCUUGCUGAGUUAUAAGGGGUACACCUUCCCGGAAGUUAGAAGGGAGGAUGCAGCUGUGCUUAACCCGAGUGAUAACCUUAAAUCCGUCGAGGAGAUGGAAGCGGAGGAACGCGAGGCGCAAUCUGCCAAGCUGCAGGAGCUCAUCCGUCGAGGUACUCCCGAGGAUCUCCAGGAGGCUAAUCGACUCAUGAAGGUUAUGGCUGGCUAUGACACGAGAUCCAAGGUCGAUUACCGCGCCAAGGCCGCCGAGGAUGUGGGGAAGAUUCAACAAAAAGCGAGACUCCUCGAGGAGAGGCUAGAAGCCUUCAAACCCGGUGACAAGAUCGUGGACGGCGACGUCUUCUCCGAGCUUGCCGCCGCCCUGUCUAGCGCCCAGCCAAAGAUUCAGAAAAUGUGCGAGGAAGAGUCGGACGACCAUGAAGCAGUCGCAAAGCUUCUCGAAAUCAACGACAGCAUACACCGAACUGUAGAGAGGUAUAGGUUGCUGAAGAGGGGCGACCUAGAAGGUGCCAAGGCGUUGGCAAGUGGCGCGCCGGUUACGAGCACAAGCAACGGCAGUGGUAGUGGCAAGAGUGCGGCGCAAGAGUUGUCGCUUAUUGAUUUUGAUGCUGAGCCGAGUGAAGGAGACUCAGCAAGCCAGACGGCAUCUCAGGGAGGAAACAGUCUCGAAAACGACUUGCUUGGUUUGUCAUUGGGGGGAACCAGCUCAUUCGGUCAAGGAGGCGGCAUUGCACUUGGGUUCGGUGCCAACACUAACAUUCCUGGACCGGCACUGCUCUCGUCCACUACGCAAAACAGCACCGCCAGGGGCCCCUCCCCUCAGUCUGGCCCGUCCUCUCUCAACAACUUCAACUCAUUUUCAUCGCCAGCUGCUUCCCAAUCAAGCACUCCCAAACCUCCCGCGUAUAUGGCAUCCGCCUUUGCCGCGCCAGCUGAGUCGUCAAAAGCGUCCAACGACCCAUUUUCUGCUUUAGCCUCUCUCUCCUCUUCGUCUACGCCAGUGCCAGCGCCAGCGUCAGCCCCAGCACCAGCCCCAGCACCAGCUGCUACCAGCAACGACGAUGACGAGUGGUCUUUCUCCUCGGCACUGCCCCCUGAGACGGCACCAGCCCAACCAAAGGAGCACAGGGCCGUUGUCUCUAACACUGCGGUCAGGAUUGACAUGGUGGCUGUCAGAUCUCUGUCAAACGGCCCAUCUCCAGCCAUUUCUAUGCAAUUUGCUUUCAGCAACAAUACAGCGCAACCCAUCACAGAGAUACACUUCCAGUUGGCUGUUACCAAGGGAUAUGAAUUGCAACUCCAGCCUCAGACAGGACGUACCCUUUCCCCUAAGCAGAGCCGGGGCAUUACUCAGUCAGUCAACGUAUGGUACACCGCGGACAAGACCAAGAAGGUAGAGAGCGUGAAGCUCAGGUGGAGGGUAUCAUACAAGGUUGGGGCAGAAGCAAAGGCCGAGAUGGGCGAGAUCCCUGAGUUCAGCUUGGCAUAG